AUGGAUCCUGUUCGUAGACAAGAAAUAAGGGGUACACGCCGUCAGCGACGUGCCCAAAGAGUUGUGAGGGCAAGUGCCAAUGAGAGCCCUUUGUAUGACGGUAAUGGUAUGACAAAUGUGAACGCAGAAAAUUCGCAGAUUAGCGAGACUGCUGGCACACCAGUAGCGGAAGGGGAGCAUGGUGUAAACCGAAACGUGUGCCCACAAUCUACAUUAUCCGAUACCACCCGGUUGCUGGAAAAGGUUCAAAGACAAAAAAAGGAAGGUAACGACACAGCAUUAGAGCUUUCGGAGCGUGAGGCGCUUGUCCAGCGGCGGUACGCACCGAAUGUUCAGGCAUUUUUGCGGCAGUCUCUCUCACCAUUGCCUGAGGAACAGUCCAAGUUCCGAAACACAACGUCCCUUCAGACGGCUCAUAACUUUAAGAAAGACGAUCUUUUGGCAGCACUUAUAGCUGACACUCAGGGAAACUUUCUAAAACUGGACCACGAACUCUCUGAAGAUUACUCACUCGCGGCACAGCGUCUGCACGCUUCGGUGUUCUCUCAUGCCAAUGAUUUUUUAGCCCUUUUCCGAGAUGUAGAAAAAACAAGCGGCCUUGUCGAAGUGCUCAAGGCGAAUGUUCAGGGGACCAAGGCUGCCAUAUCGGCUAUUAGUAAGUUUAAUUACUUCAACAUUGGCGACAGCAAUUUCCCGGUCAGUAGCCCACACCCAUCCUUUUCAGUGUCUCCAUCUAAGGUGAGCAAACUGGGCUCCAACCCUGUGGAUACAGGGGAUAAUAGGUUGCUAUCCUGUCAGCGGCCAAGUCUCGUGUCCCACUGCGCCUAUUGUUAUGAUGAGUGUAGUGUAAAUAUUUCUCGGAAUUGCUCUAUAAAUGCCAAUGGAAUAGAUCUUACAGGCGUUGAGACUAACGUGUACACGCGAGCACAACGAAAUGCUAGCAGAACUGUGGGAUCGAGCACUACAGCUGAGGGGACCGAAAUUCAUCCUGCAUGUGAGCUCUCUGAUACAAUAAGAACACAUAGCGACCAUUUCUUUGCUGUGCCGCAGACAACUGGUACCUCCUUUAGGCCUACAACCCGCUCCUUAAACAUUCGUUCAUUUACACAGUGGCAGCACGCCAUUGGAAGUGGUGGAGUCUACACCGCUAGGAAAACAGAUGUCACUAACCUUUCAAGCGAAAACGGAAACAAUAAAAGCCUCGAUAUCCCUGCUUCUUGCGACAACGAUGGUAAAACAACUUUCAAAAAGAAAGGCUUAGAGUUGCAUUUCACAGAGGUGCAAGUGUUUGCAGAUGUUUUGAAGGAAGAGGUAGUUCAAUUGUUGUCAGAACGGCGUCAUUCAGAGGCAGCGGAGCUGCUUCGCAGCUUAAGUGGCGAGGCAGAGCGCAAAGGCUGUCUUCCACUCUUACUUGAGUUAGAAUCCACGCUUGUUCGAUCUAUCCUUGACAGCCUCAACCACGUGCCCAUGACGAUGCUGUACGCUGAAAGCGUACAUAUGCCUUUACUUCGACUUUUAUUACGGUUUGGGAGGCACAAUAGCGCGUCCUCAGCAUAUUUGGCGCUUCAGUCGAUGUGGUUACGGAACGAAUUGCGCAAGCUGCAUGACAAUGCUGAUCCCAAACAUGCAAGCAUAGUGGCAGUGGAAUUCUUAGUGGUAGCUAUUCGAUCGAUUCUCCAGCGGCAACGCACCUUGGGCAUACCCUUGGACGAAGCACGGAAAGCACCUUUUCUGAAUAACGACGGUAAUAAUAACAAAGGGGUGGAUCAUCAAGUGUCUCCAAACUCAACAGCGGCUCUCUGGGUCCAAGAGAAUGUCAUGCACUUUGCGCAAGAACUUCUUACACCACACGUGCUUAGCUACGGAACUGAAACCGUCGGUGGUGACCCCUUGCAGAUUCGUCACGCGGUAGCCGUACUGACCAAAGUUGUAGAAGUGUUGUAUGGGCUCACAUUAGACGGCUUUGCGGGGUAUAAUACACUCACACUCCAGUUUUUGACACCAGGUUUGAUGAUUCUGGAGGCUGAGUUUGCACGCCUAACUGAGGCGCGUCUUGAGAGCACUGGUCGUGCCAUGCUUAAAUAUCUCAUCACGAGUGGGCUUCACAUGUACAAAACGAAUGCAGCUGAGUACGAACCGUCUAUUUGUGCAGACAUUGCAUGGAAAAGUAACGCACGGUCCCACGAACUGCUGCGAAAUGUUAAAGGAAUGCCGUGUGGUCCACAUAUGCGAGUCAUUCAGUUGCUUUUGUGUCCGGCUGCCUCCGAUUUAUUUGAUCGCCACCAUUCUGCAGCACCACCUGGUACAUCAGUUCAGGGUACCAAAGCAAAAACAAUUGAAAAAAACGAACCUUUUCUUCAAAACAAACAAAACUGUACUACUAAAGAUGACGGUAGCAGCAGUGCGACUUCUUCCUCAUUUUUGCCCCCGGAGCGAUUUAGAUUCUCGCGCUACGCCAAUGGCUGCACUAGUGUGCAUGACUUGUUCGUGCACUCUGUGGUGCACUUUACUGCAGCAAUGGGCGGCCGUAAAUGGAAGCCAAGCAGUAACACUGAUAGUAACACUACUUCUCGAAUUAAAGUUCAAAACCCUAGGGAUCUGGGAAAGACUGUUACAGACAACUCAACGGCUGCUCGUAUAUCUGAAGAAGGGAAAUAUGGCAGUAAUAAAGGAGUGGGACUCGAUCCAGCCGAAAAUAGGCCACAGGCUAAAACUAGCUUGAUCUUUUCCAAUUCCCUUAUCGCCGAUACGUUUGAUUUGACCUUGCACGAUUUGUGUGCUGCUUUCUUGUGCACUUCAUUACAGCAGCGGUACGCUCUGAUAGAAUUCCUCUCCUCAGAAACUUUCAUCUCUCAUCAGCAUGCCUUAUUCCCUCCAGUCGCAGAAGAGGAUUGUGAAGUGAAAUCGUUGUUUUUCAAUAACCCGGUCAAAUCUCCCGGGUGGGUGUUCGAUGGGUGCAGUGCCCUGCUCUCGGAUAUGAUAAGCGUCAGCGUGUGGGUAUCGUACCUGGUCCAGGGUAAUGCUGUGAGUCAUCUUUUGGGCGAUACAACCGUCUCAUUUCAGUCACAGCAUCUUGAGGGUCUACGGCGCGUUCUCCCAGGCGUCGUGCAGAGCUGGUUGACAACCACUUUAUCACUAGGCUACAGGAUUGACAACGCUAAGGGUCUAUUGCCUGCUUCUGCUGUUGCUGUGAUCAUGCGUCUACCCCAGCCGAAAUCCCCUAUAUGUACCGCUGACAAAGAAGGUGAUGCUGCGGUGGAUACGAAGGCUGUCGGCAGAAGCCCUGCAAAACCUGCGAUGAGGGGUGAAUCUAGUCCGUUGCAAUCGUCACGUUUUGAUAUCGCAACCGGCCUGAACAUCGCCCACUCGUGCUCUGAGUCGUUAGGUGCAGUAUGUAACACAAAUGGAAGGCAUCUAUUUGGGGAACUCAAAAGUGCAGUCUCCGCCGCUGGUGACGCGUAUAGUAUCAAUAGCUUUGGAAGUCGUGUGGCAGGCAUGUGUGGCUUCCUAAUGGGGACUUCAGGUGCCGCUGGAAAGGGCAAUAUUAGGCAAUUGACUGCGAACGACCUCUACAGUGGUGAUGAUGACAUGCAUAUUCUCUCCAUACCGGUGAUGGAAUUCAAUACUCGUAAUGAUGGCGUGAAGGACAAGGCCGAUGCAGAAUCAACACAAGGAAAAGACCCUAUUUUCCCGAAAUUAGCAGGCAUGUCGAUGUCUAAUAUGGCGCCACCUCUUUCACUUGAGUUGUCUGCUGCAACACAAAUAGACGAGCGGAAGUUAUUGCCUCUUCUUCUUGAAAUUUUAGACACAGAAUACUUUACGCCGCAUGGCUACUGUGUCCAUCAUCUCCUAAUUUCCAUGGGCACGUCUUCGUUUGUUGACGCCAUUGAGUAUAUCAAUGGCACCACACAUAAGUUUUCCAAUGUGUGGGCAGUGCGUAGUGCACUCCCUAGCUACCCAGAAUUUCCCAUCGGCGAGGAAUUCGACCGCAAUGAUGAGCUUUUUCUCUUUCACUGGUGUGUCCAAAUAUCAUUACAUUUGCUAACUUUGUUUCAAGAAAGGUUUCUGGUGCCAAGUUAUGCGCUGAAUAUGCGUGCGGGGGAAGUUGUGGGGCAGCGACAGACUUCUCAAGGAAAGGGCAUCCUGUCGAUGAGUAAAGAAGGAACGCAAUACCCGGUGCAAGGUUGUGUAUCGCCUUCGGACGACAGCGCCUUGGCGGCCAUUUGUGCGGGUGGCGGCAACUACGUUGGUGCCAUCUGUAUGCUACAGUUUUUAGUGGUUCGCUUGCUGACCGAUGCAUUAUGCUCUAGCACAACCUGGAACGCGGUUUAUGCAUGUAAAUCUAGUGCUGAAUGGCGCGCUGACAAACGUGUGCGCCGGCAGCAAUUAUUCUUUUUCGCACUAUUCAUGCGGUUCUGGUCGCCCCUUUUUUACGGAGGGAUGUCUGUCCCACUGUAUGAUGUCUCCAAAACUAGCGUUGACGAAGUCCAAACAGGUAAAAAUUCGGUAGACGGUAACAGGGAUAUCCCGGGCUCGUCACUAUCGUUUCCCGAAGCGAGUUUAACCGGCGAAAAGGGUGUGCCUGCAUUGGUAAUCCUGGAAUGGCUCACCGCAAGCGGUGUUUCGCGGCAGGCGAGAACGGCCUUUACAGCUGCGGCAUCCAAUAAGUCGCACUCCACUGGCGUAGGCCAUUCCAUGCAGACCGAUCGUUAUUCCCUAAGUCAGACUGACGGCAAUGCGUGCUUUAACACCGCUGUAGAUGAGCUUUUCGGUAGUAAUGGCAGCGCUGGAAAGGUAAGAAAGGAUAGUUUAUUUGGAUCUGUGAAUGCCUUUCCGUCAAGUGCUACAGCCACUCGGAAUCAGGCUCAGAACUCGUUGCCUUCGCAAAAUGUGCGCGUGCCGAACACUAGAAAUACUACAGUGUUGGCUGCAGAUCCCUCCACUGCGAAUGUACCCCUUAGCGUGGGAUCCUAUUUGCCAACCACGCUUCUUGAUAUAGUACAGUGUUUUUUUCAAGAUACACUAGGUGAAACACAUGCUGUUUCAUUUUUGACCUCCAACCUUAUGCGCGAUCGAGUAGAUCGAGCACUUGUGUCAAUCAAUCUUGCAGAUUUUGUCGGUACCUCUCACUUGCAAAGCGGAGAGGAGGAAGAAAAUACGGACGAGUUUGAUAUAAUUGCAAACGGUCGUGUGACCUUAGCACAUGUGCGAGAAUUGCUUUUUAGUUAUAUUCAGCCACUUUUGUAG